UAAAAGAGAAACUUUGCCAACACUUCGGUGCGGUUUGUGCUUGAGAAUCGGUUCAUCUGAUUCACUCUGAAGAGUAAUUUGAAAUAAAAACCGAACGAGUCAUUUAUUCUGCAUCACUGCUGAUUGGAAGCGUUUGACUAAUUAAUCAUGGCCGACAGCUCUCAUUAUACCGGGGGGGAUUACUAUCAGGCGUGUUUUGACUCCAGAAGCUACCUGAAUGAUUUUUAUUUCCGUCCAGAAGGGCACUCGGACGAGAAGAGCUAUCUUACUUUCGUUUUAAGAUGCCUCAGCAGGACUUUCUCGACUGGCAAAUACAAAGGACGGAGGCUGAUUGAAGUGGGAAGCGGACCGACGAUUCACACCGUCAUCAGCGCGUGCGAGCACUUUGACGAGCUCGUGCUGUCCGAUUUUUCAGACAAGAAUCGCAAAGAACUAUGGAAAUGGAUAAAGAACGAGGAAGGCUGCUUUAACUGGAAGCCCGUCAUUGACUAUGUGUGUGAACUGGAUGGGAAAAGCUCAUCUGAUGUGGAAGUGAAACUAAGACAGCGGGUGAAACAAGUGCUGAAAUGUGAUGUCCUCUCAGAAAACCCUUUCCAUCCAGAGUGUGUUGAACCAGCAGAGUGUGUGAUAACGUCCCUGUGUCUUGAGGCGGCAUGUAAAGACAUGCAGUUGUACAGAGAUGCACUUUCUAGAGUGGCAAAGCUGCUUCAUCCAGGUGGCACUCUGGUGAUGGUGGGGGUUUUAGAAGAAACCUUCUACUAUAUUGAUAAAACCUACUUCUCUUGCCUCAAAGUAAGCAGAGAAAAUGUUGAAGAGAUUCUCAGAAAACUCGACUUCACUGUGCAGGAAUUUAACAUUCUUCCAGCACAAGAUCGAGAGAACAACAAAGUUUCAGAUUAUGAAGCUGUUUUCUUUCUUAUUGCUCUGAAGUCUACCAAGACAGUUUAGGCGUGUGCCGACAGGCUCGUUGGUUAUAAGACAUGCUGCAUCGUUUAACACAAAUUACGUCAAUACAGAUACAGUGGUGCUUGAAAGUUUGUGAACCCUUGAGAAUUUUCUAUAUUUCUGCAUAAAUAUGACCUAAAAC